CGCCCCUCUCCGCGCUGCUCCCCUCCUCCUGGUGCGGCUCUCACUUCAGAGAAACGCUCUCAGGAGGUGGCAGCACUUUUUUAUUUUUUAGCUUUGGUUCAUCUAAGCCCUGAGGCUCUCUUCUCUUGUCCGGGGGAUCGGCUCCACUCCCAGGGUCAGACAUGGCGGAGAACGGAGGUGCGAGUGCGUACGGAGCCGCUCUGGCGGGAGGAGGCUUCGAUUUCUACAAGUUCAUCCGACAGCCGCAAACAAUCGUGCGGGUCCUCAGCUGGGUGUUUGCCCUGGUGGUGUUCGCCUGCAUCACCACGGAGGGGUACGUCAACCCUCCCAGCAGCGCCCAGGCAAAGUGCAUCUUCAACCAGAGCGACUCUGCGUGUCAGUAUGCCGUGGGAAUCGGGGUGAUAGCCUUCCUGGCCUGCGUGGGCUUUCUCAUGCUGGACGUUUACAUUCCCUUUAUGAGCAACGCCCAGGACAGGAAGUACAUCGUCAUGGCGGACCUUGGAUUCUCAGGGGCGUGGACCUUCCUGUGGUUCGUGUGUUUCUGCGUUUUGACCAGUCAGUGGUCUCACACUCUUGAUGUCAUUGCGUUCCCUGAGGACGCUGCGCGCGCCACCAUUGCCUUCUCGUUCUUCUCCAUCGCCACAUGGGGAAUCCUGACCUACUUCGCCCUGGGCCGUUUCCGUCGGGGCGUGGACGACGUCAGCAUUCCCACCUACACGGAGACGGCCCCGGAAAUCCACACCCCGUACCCCCCCACCUACGCUCCCACCACCUACACCCCCACCACCUACACAUACCCCAGCAACGUGCCCGAGUCCCAGAAGCAGCCCCCCUUCACCUCAAACCUCCCGCCGCAGAGCGACACCAGCUACCUGCCGCCCAAAUACUGACGCAGUGGAGGGGGUUGUGGGGGAAGGGGGUCUUGACGGACGACGCGGCGCUGCUGAGCGGCAGAGCUCUAUCGUAUCGAUGCGGUUUUACAUUCAAGUCAACACACUGUUCAAAGAGUCCGGGGA